AUGGAAGAGCAGCAGCCGGAAUCUAAAAGUCAACGCGACUCGAGCCUCGGCGCGGUGGCGGCGGCGGCGGCGGCGGUGGCGACAACCCCGGGCGGCGGCGGCGGCGGCGGCGGCGGCGGCGGCCUGGGUCUGAGCCUCAGUCCGGUGGCCGGCGGCGGCAGCGAUGGAGGAGACAGCGUGCCGGUGUCCCCGCAGCCCGCGGCCCCGUCUCCGCCCGCGGCGCCCUGCCCGCCGCCCCUGGCCCACCACCCGCACCUCCCCCCGCCGCCGCCGCCGCCGCCCCCGCCGCCGCCGCCCCAGCAGCAUCUCCCGGCGCCCGCUCACCAGCCGCAGCCCGCGGCCCAGCUCCACCGCACCACCAACUUUUUCAUCGACAACAUCCUGAGGCCCGAUUUCGGCUGCAAGAAGGAACAGCCUUUGCCGCAGCUCCUGGCGGCGGCCGUGGCGGCGGCGGCGGCGGCUGGAGGAGGUGCGGGAGGCGGAGGAGGAGGAGGCGGAGGAGGAGGAAGCCGGGCUGAGCGUGACCGUGGGCAGACUGGCACAGGUAGAGAUGCCGUCCACUCCUUGGGCACGCGGGCUCCGGGCGCUGCUUCGCUCCUGUGCGCCUCGGAUGCGAACUGUGGCCCACCCGACGGCUCUCAACCGGUCACCGCCGUCGGUGCCGGAGCAUCGAAAGUCGGGAACCCGGCUGCGGCGGCGGCGGUGGCGGCGGCCGUAGCAUCCAAGUCCUCGGACAGCGGCGGUGGAGGCGGCGGCGGCGGAGGAGGCGGCAGCGCGGCGAGCCCCGGCGCUCAGGGCGCUAAGUUUCCCGAGCACGGCAACCCUGCCAUCCUACUGAUGGGCUCGGCCAACGGCGGGCCCGUGGUCAAAACUGACUCGCAGCAACCCCUCGUCUGGCCCGCCUGGGUCUACUGCACGCGCUACUCGGAUCGUCCGUCCUCUGGUCCGCGCACCAGGAAGCUGAAGAAGAAAAGGAAUGAGAAGGAGGACAAGCGGCCGCGGACGGCGUUCACGGCCGAGCAGCUGCAGAGACUCAAGGCGGAGUUCCAGGCGAACCGCUACAUCACCGAGCAGCGGCGGCAGACCCUGGCCCAGGAGCUCAGCCUCAACGAGUCCCAGAUCAAGAUCUGGUUCCAGAACAAGCGCGCCAAGAUCAAGAAGGCCACGGGCAUCAAGAAUGGCCUGGCGCUGCACCUCAUGGCCCAAGGACUGUACAACCAUUCGACCACCACGGUCCAGGACAAAGACGAAAGCGAGUAG